CAAGUACGUAGGAAAACGCAAGAGGGGUGAGAACGUGAUUCUGUACUUAUAUAGGUGACUAGAAAGAUUGCUACAAGGAAAACCACAAGCCCACACCGCGGUACGACACAUCAUCAGGAGGUCAUGCCCGCCCAACAAAAAAACUCGAAAAAAAGGACGUCUGUCUCAGAGGCAGGCCCGACAGCCAAAAAGCUACGGCUCACCCCAUCAACUACCCGCGAAGAAAUCGUGAAAAAACGCAAGCAGCCAGUUACCCUUCCCGUAAGCCGGGAGUCUGACGAUGAGAGCUCGGAUGAGAGUGAUGAAGACCAGGUCGAAGACAUAGCUGCGGAACUCGAAGACGAAGAUGACAACGGGGACGAGGACACGGGUGGUGGGGCGGGCGAAAUGUCGGUAGAUGCUGCUGGUCAGAAAGACCCAAAUGCUGCCCGGGAAUCACACAAAGUACAGCGGGCAUUACACGAACAACGAAAAGCUGCCAAACCACAUUCUCAACUCCUCGUAGAAGCAAAACGCGUCUGGUCCCUUGCGCGUCAGAAAAAUAUACCCCCCGCUGAACGCCAGCAGCACGUUCGCGACCUGAUGAAAAUCGUAGAAGGGAAAGUAAAAGACAUUGUGUUGAAACAUGACGCGAGCAGGAUCAUCCAAACCAUCGUCAAGUAUGGCGGCCGAAAGGAGCGAGAUCAGAUCGCCUCGGAGCUCAAGGGCCAUUUCAAACAGCUUGCUGAAGGCAAAUAUUCCAAGUUCCUAGUAUCGAAGUUGAUAAGGCAUUGCACUGCACACCGUGAAUCUAUACUCUCUGAAUUCCAGGGGUAUAUUCUACGUUUGCUGCUGCAUCGGGAGGCAUCAAGGGUGCUGGCCGACGCGUUCGAGCUCUAUGCAAAUGCCUACGAACGUUCGAUAUUGCUACGCGACUUUUAUGGCAAAGAAAUCACUCUCUUUUCGACGAAUCGUGGAACAGAAGCAGACAAAGAAAAAGCAAAGCGGGGUUUGCAAGGGGUUUUGGAGGGUAUAGAAGGAGAUAGGAAAAAACGAACCUUAAGCGCUGUUAAGGAGAACUUAACCACCAUUUUCAACAACCCGGAUAAAGGAACGGUUACGCAUGCCAUCGUGCAUCGUGCACUUUGGGAGUACCUAGCUACAAUUCACGACGUUGAAGAUGAGAGUGAAAGAGAAAAACUCCGCCGGGAGAUUUUCGAGAGCUGUCAAGACGUUUUGGCCGAAACGGUGCACACAAAAGACGGUAGCAGGGCCGUUAGGGAAUUCCUCGCGUUUGGCACAGCCAAGGAUCGGAAACAUAUAAUCAAAGUCAUUAAACCUCAUAUCGCACGUAUGUGUGUCGACGAUGAGGCGCAACUUGUGAUAUUUACCGCUCUUGACGUUAUUGACGAUACAAAACUUACAGCAAAAUCGCUGGUCUCUGACAUCACUUCAAGUGCAGAGACCUUUGUGACCACUCCCCAAGGUCGUCGAUCUCUUUUCUACCUCCUAGUACCCCGCACGCGACGUCAUUUCACCCCGGCACAAAUAGCUAUUAUUGCAGAAACGGACAGCAUACGGGAAAAGACGAGCAAAAAGGAUAGUGCUGUACGAUCAGCCGAAAUCCGACAAGCCGCGAGCCCGAGUUUGCUCAAGUUCGUGGAAGAGAAAGGUGCUGAAGUUGCGCGUGACACUGGUGGAAGCCUUGCCAUUCUAGAGAUAAUGCUUCACGCCGAAGGAGACAAAUCAGCUGCCAUCUCGGCUCUUAUUCAACCACUUGCAUCAACGUAUCCGUCCGAUGAUCCAUCGCGACUUCAUCCUAUCGACUUGCCGCACACAUCCAGGAUGUACAAAAGUCUUCUGCAAGGAGGCCACUUUUCUCGCUCCACAAAAGUUGUCGAACGAACAACACUAUUUUCACCUGCCGAACUCGCCUCAGCAUUUCUAUCUACAGUGGACAAGGAAACCACACUGGCCAUGGCUCAAGGGAAUGGAGCCUUCGUAGUGGCUGAACUCCUUCAGCGUAUCCAGGAAGAAUGCAGUGAUGAAUCGAAGAAGAAAGUGAAGCGUUGGUUUAGCAAGAGUUUUGUGUCCAACAUAAGAAACAGCGAGGUCAGGGGCAAGGACAUCCUCAUCGAGAAAAUAUUGGCGUUGUCGUAGGAUUCCGCCGUGUUCCUUCCAUUCCAUAAUACCACCUGCUCAGACUUGCGACACGGGGUAGUAUUACCGGACCACCUCAUACAACGUUCUAUUUAAAUGAUGUCUACAAACAAACACAUCUCGUCACCAGCAUAUAGCGCGUCACCAAUUUAUAGCAGGAACCGUCUGUCUCUAUCACUCAUUGCUGCUAAUACAUCAUCAUCACGAACUUCCCGAUCCCAAUUGUGGGACGCCUAGUCGCUUGGGGUCGAGUCCGGUUGGCAACCCUCAGCAAUCCUGCCACCUACAGAUUAUCAGGGGGGAUCGAAGCUGCUAAGUAUCCGUUGUCGA